ACUUAGGAUGCUGCGUGGAAGACGAAGCCGCUCUUCCCGGGUGGCCCCUCCGGCCAACCGGGCCCCUCAGAUGAGGGCUGCUCCCAGACAAACACCUGCAGCUCAUCCUCUGGCAGCAGCUGCCCCAUCUGCAGUUGGCUCCCCUGCCGCUGCCCCCAGGCAGCCAGGCCUGAUGGCCCAGAUGGCCACCACUGCAGCUGGUGUGGCUGUGGGGUCCGCAGUGGGGCACACCCUGGGUCAUGCCAUCACUGAGGGCUUCAGUGGAGGUGGUAAUGCUGAGCCCACGAGGCCUGACGUCACUUACCAGGAGCCCCAGGGAACCCAGCCUGUGAACCAACAGUCUUUUGGGCCUUGCUCUCUUGAGAUCAAACAGUUUCUGGAGUGUGCCCAUAACCAGAGUGACGUCAAGCUCUGCGAGGGCUUCAAUGAGGUUUUGCGGCGGUGCAGAAUUGCAAAUGGUUUGAUCUAAU